AUGCGGCAGGCUGAUGGAAAUUCUGCGCUUAUGAUUGCAAUAAAGCAUGGUAAUGAACAAAUUACAAAGGAGCUUUUAAUAUAUGGUGCUGAUGUUAAUCAAAGAAAUACUAAUGGAGACUGUGCACUUAUAGAAGCAUCUAAAAAUGACCACAAAGAAAUUGUUAAACUACUUUGUGAAUACAAUGCAGCCAUAAACUCUAAAGGGGAAAAUGGACAAACAGCACUUUUUUUAGAAGCAGCAUAUGGUAAUGUUUCCAUGGUAAAGGUAUUGAUCAGCUACGAAGCUGACAUUAACCAAAGAUCCGAUGAUGGAAGCACUCCAUUAAUUAUAUCCUCUUACAAUCAGCAUUGUAAAGUUGUGGAUGUUUUAUUAAGAGAAGGUGCUAAGGUUAACUUAUACCAGCGAGACGGAAAGACAGCUCUUCAUUUUGCUGCUGAGAAUGGAAAUAUAAAGAUUGUAGAACUUCUUCUAAAGAACAAAGCAAAUGUUGAUAUAUAUGACGGCUUAGGAAGCUCUCCUCUACAUUUAGCAGAUGAAAAAGCUAUUUCUUAG